ACACACUCUCUCUCUUUCGCCCAAUUUCCUUUGUUUGCGUUGUGCCACUCAGGUCUCACUCUCUCUCUUCUCUCUCACAAAAGAGGGAUCCAUCACCAACAACAACAACCUCCACAACAACAAUCGCCACCAUCCACCAUGCUCCGCCAACGUCUCCUCACCUCUCUCCGUCUCCGCGGCGGCUCAGGUACCGGUACAAGCCGAUGGACAAGCCCAGGCCACGAAGAAAGACCUAAAGGCUACCUCUUCAACCAAACACCACUCGCUCCAGGUGAGUCACGCAAAUGGGAAGAUUGGGAACUUCCUUGCUACAUCACUAGCUUCCUCACCAUCGUUAUCCUCGGUGUUGGUCUCAAUGCUAAGCCUGAUUUGACUAUUGAAACUUGGGCUCAUGAUAAAGCCCUUGAACGUCUCAGAUUGGAAGAUGCUGCUGCUGCUGCAAACGCCGUCGCCGUCGCUGAUGAUUCUGAUGAAUAGAGAUGAUUUUGAUUUGGAUCGGAAUCGGGUUUAGGUUAAAGACGAAAAAUUAAGAAGGUUUGCUGUAAUAAUGGGAUUUGAAUUUCUCUAACUUUUUUUUGCACAUGUUUGUUGUUAAGAUGAGAUUGAUGACUCGCUUGUUGUUAUUAUUAUUAUUUGUUAAUUAUGUUUUUUGUUUGAAUGUUAAUAAGGUAUUCCAGUGUUACUUUUCUGGUUUCAA